CAUGGCGAUCCCGCACGCACUAUCCGUCCCGCACAUGACUGCUGCGGCGCUGCGCGCGCACGUCGCGGCGGGCGGUGCGCCCCUCCGCCUCCCCGGCCUCGGGUGGCGCGUGCCGUGGGACGCGACGCUCACCGGCCUUCGGCACGCCGUGGGCGAGCAUACCGCCGUGGACGUCGAGCUCGCGCCGCGCGGACGCGGAUACACCGACCCGCGGUGGGAGCGGGUCACGAUGGGUUUUGGCCUGUUCCUCGACGCGUUCGUGCUCCGCUCCAUUCCGGCCGCCGACCCCGCCGCCCUCCCCGCCGGAUACCUUGCGCAAGCGCCGCUCCUCGACCUCCCGGGACUCCGGGAGGCGCUGCCCCCCCUCGAGCAUUAUCGCGGGCCAAGGGGAGAUGUGUAUGGGCGCACGCUGUGGGUCGGGCCGCGCGGGAGCUUCACGCCCUUCCAUCGCGACCCGAAUGUCGGGCUAUACUCACAGAUCGUAGGGAGCAAGGUGUUCCACCUCCUCCCUCCACAUGUCGAGAUGGCGCGCAGCGCCGUCAGGGCGAACACUGCUACAGUGCCCGUUAGUGUGCGCAGGAUAUUGGAGGGAGCGGAAGUGAGUGGGGAGAGCGAAGGAGAGGGAGAGGGCGAGGAGCUGGAGCCGCAGGAGAGGAUAAGAUUCCGCGCGCUCUUAGAGGAGGCGUUUACGCACGACGGCGCAUGUGAGGUCCGCCUUGGGCCGGGCGACUCCGUCCUCAUCCCGCCUGGGUGGUGGCACUCGGCAGAGGGCGAGAGUAUUGGUGUUGGAGUUAAUGCGUGGUUCCGGUAGACUACAUAUGGCACAUAUCAUGAGCA